AUGGAUGAGACUUCUGUCAACCCGACCGCGGCGCCUGACAAUGUUCAGCCCGUGACUGGUGCAGACAGUGCUACGGAUGCAGCCAACGCUGGCAGUGCUUCAGAGGCGCAAUCGCGCCAGGAGUCGCCCGAGAAGAAGGUCGAGAACCCCGCUGGAUUAGACAACCCUCUCGACGCCCCUGCCUCCCCUAAGCCGCAAAACGGUGAUGCCGAGCCGGAGGAUGAGGAGAUGGGUGGCACCGAGACCGACGCCAAGCCUGACACUGAGGGACUAGAGGAUGCGGCAGGAGAGUCGCAGCCUCCAGAGACGGCCACUGAGGGCCUUGAGGAUGCUGUCGGGGAGGAUCAGCCGGCGCCCAGCAAGUCGGCUUUGGAAGGUAAAGCACGCGAUCAGCUCGUUACUCAAACGCACGCAAUCAUUCUUCCUAGCUACGCAACCUGGUUCGAUAUGAACACUGUCAACCCCAUCGAGAAGAAGGCGCUUGCAGAGUUCUUCAACGGUCGCAACCGAAGCAAGACCCCGGCCACCUACAAGGACUACCGAGAUUUCAUGAUCAACACCUACCGUUUGAACCCCAUUGAGUACCUGACCGUUACCGCUUGCCGCCGGAACCUUGCGGGCGAUGUCUGUGCUAUCAUGCGUAUUCAUUCUUUCCUUGAGCAAUGGGGCUUGAUCAACUACCAGGUUGACCCUCAAUCACGGCCGUCUAACAUUGGCCCCCCAUUCACUGGCCACUUCCGAGUUGUCGCCGAUACCCCACGAGGCCUGCAGCCUUUCCAGCCUGGGCCAAACCCCACCGUUACCUCUGGCAAGGCACUUCCUUCCACCGAGCGCGCUGCUUCUGCUACCCCCGCGAAGGGCGAUCUCAACCUCGAACUGCGCCGCAACAUUUACGAUGAGAAGGGCAAGGAUGUUACCCCGGCCGAGGAUAAGGAGAAGCAGACCAAUGGCGAAGCAGCAAACGGCAUGGAGCCGUCAGAGCCCAAGAAGAAGUCUCACUGCUUCUCUUGCGGUAUCGACUGCACACGACUUCGUUUCCACUACGCCAAAUCCGCCCCGACAUCGGCCAAUGCCAACACUCCCGACACAAAAUAUGACUUGUGUCCUAACUGCUUCCUCCAGGGCCGCAUGCCUUCUAGCCACAAUGCUUCGGACUUCGUUAAGCUCGAAGACAAGAGUCACUCUCAUGUGCCUGACAAAGACGCCCCAUGGUCCGAUUCAGAGCUUGUUCUGCUGCUGGAGGGCUUGGAGAACUUCGAUGAUAACUGGGAGCAGAUCUCGAACCAUGUGGGCACACGGUCGCGCGAAGAAUGUGUGAUGAAGUUCUUGUCCUUGGAGAUUGAGGACAAGUACGUCGAUGAUAUCCCUGAACUGCGCUCCGGCGCCGCACGUGAUCCCAUCAGCCAGUCAGAGAAUCCUGUUCUGUCCGUGGUCGCUUUCCUUGCCCAGAUGGCCGAGCCCGCAGUGGCAGCUGCCGCUGCCGGCCGCUCCGUCGACGAAAUCAGGAAAGAGCUGCGCAGCCAGCUGGAGAAGGGGGGAUAG